GUUGUGCGAAGUAAGGCGGGUCCAGUAGCAUGCGGAACUAAGGUGGGAUGGGUAGUAAGUGGCAAAAUUGGGACAGGUCCUCCUGACCUGCAUUGUUUCGAGACCCAUAUCCUACGUGCCUCAGUUGAAUGUAAACAAACAUCAGACGCUUUACGACAAGUUUUAGAUAAAUUUUGGUCCGUGGAGACUAUAGGCUCCUCCAGUGACUGUGUGGUCAGUCAGUUUGAAAAUGACAUAGGGCACGACGGGACCCGAUAUGUAACGAAAUUACCCUUUAAGCCAGACCAUGAGCAGCUGCCAGACAACUUUAGUGUAUGUGAAGGGCGUUUAACAUCUCUAAAACGGCGUUUAACAUCCAAAGGAAUUCUCAGGGAGUAUGAUACGAUCUUUACAGAGUACGAGAAAAGCGGAAUAAUUGAACGCGUUCCUUCACAUGAGAUUGCUGGGGAAGUAGGUGGGGUCCAUUAUCUCCCGCAUCGACCGGUCGUGCGUGAGGACAAGCAGACUACGAAAAUUCGGGCAGUUUUCGACGCUUCGUGUCAGGUUAACGGCCCCUCACUUAACCAAUGUUUGUAUUCAGGACCAAAUCUUAUUGCCAAGAUAUUUGACAUCCUAGUGAGAUUUAGGCUUAAUAAGAUAGGCAUCCUAGCAGAUAUAAAGCAGGCGUUCCUUAACAUCGCUAUAUCUAGGGAGCAUAGAGAUUUUGUACGGUUUUUGUGGUAUGACCUCAAUUCUAAAGAGGAAAAAAUAAUCACUUACAGAUUUUUACGGGUAGUUUUUGGACUAACGAGUAGUCCUUUCUUGUUAAACGCGACGUUGAGGCACCACCUUAGCAAGUAUGUAGAGGAGAAUGCAGUCAUAGAGCGUAUUCGCGAGGAUUUGUACGUAGAUGAUUUGGUUAGUGGAGGCGAUAGCGUUGGUACAGCUAAGGAAAUAUAUGAGACUAGUAAAGCCAUUAUGCUAGAGGGAGGGUUUGAAUUACGUAAGUGGGUAACUAACGAUCCAGAACUUCGAGCAUAUAUUUCAUCGACAAUGGGUGACAAACCUAAUUCCCAACCCCUAGGGGAAGAUCUUACUUAUGUCGAGGUAAUGUCGCCUAAUUUAGGUACGCCAAAUCAGGCUGUCUUAGGUGUUGCGUGGAAUACCAUCACAGAUGAGUUUGUUUUUCAGUUCGAUAAUUUCUUGAGCAAAUGUGCGAGCCUGAAGCAAACCAAGCGGAAUUUACUGAGUGCAUCGGCCUCAAUUUUCGAUCCAUUGGGUGUGAUUGCUCCCGUCACCGCCAGAAUCAAAACAAUAUUUCAGUUGUUAUGUAAAGACAAAUUAAAUUGGGAUGACCUUAUCCCACCGGCACUUGCGUCAAUUUGGAACAAGUUUUUAGAUGAAUUAAAAUCUCUGCGGGAAGUAAGACAACCUCGGUUUGUUUUUCAUUUAAAUUUUCAUUCCGGAAUCCGAGUUGAACUUCACGGGUUUUGUGAUAGUUCAAAAGAAGUCUAUAGCUGCGGUCAUUUAUCUGCGGUUUGUUUGCAGUAAAAGUGCAAAAGUGUCUUUUUUGGCGGCGAAAACCAAGGUGGCGCCUUUAAAAACCCUUACUAUUCCCAGGUUGGAACUAUUGGGGUGUUUGUUAUUGAGCAAGUUGAUCAAUGAGGUUGUACUUGGUAUACGAGGGCGUGUAGAGUUGGAUGAAAUAUUCUGUUGGUCGGAUUCAGAGGUGGCGUUGAGUUGGAUAAGGGGAAAGGAGCGAAGCUGGGAACCUUGGGUGGAGAAUAGAGUUGUCACCAUUAGAAAGGUUGUCGAUCGUGAGCGGUGGAAUUUUGUCAAAGGAGAACUGAAUCCUGCAGAUAUCCCCACUAGGAUAUCAACUAGUCUAGUUGAGUGUUUCUCAGGAUGUUGGUUUACUGGUCCUUCAGUGUUGUUGUCUCAACCUUCUGCAUACAGAGGCGAGAGAAGUGAUACCCUUUGUGAUCAAACGUCUUUGGGCGGGAAGGUUGUGGAAGAGGUUAGUCAUUCUUCUGAUGAUCUUUUCAACAACGCGACACGGAAUGACAUAUCAGGCGAAACGUGUUCAUUGUCUGAUGUCAUAGACUGCACUCGGUAUAGCUCGUUGAACAAGUUGGUUGUCACCACUGGUUACGUGAUAAGAUUCUUGAACAAUUUGCGAAAACGAACGAAGAACCAUGGAAACUUAAUCACGGAGAACGUUCUAACGGCUGACGAAUACGAGCAAGCGUUACACAUGUGGAUUAAAGAAGAACAAUCUCUGAUAAAGGGACAAUCAAAUUUUGCUAACGUUUGUGCUUCAUUGAAUUUGUUCGAAGACAAAGACGGAUUUUUACGGUUAAAGGGACGGUUCGCUAAUUCUAAUCUGCGGUACCAAGACCAGCAUCCAAUGAUAUUACGAGGAAACGAAAGCUAUUUCACACAAUUAGUCAUUUGGGACGCGCAUAAGGCGAGUAUGCACCACGGAGUGGAGUCGACAUUGGCAAGAGUACGGUCAAACUACUGGAUUGUGAAAGGGAGAAAAAGUGUCAAGGAAGUCCUCAGAAAAUGUGUGAUUUGCAAACGGUACCAAGGAAAGCCGAUGUGUGCUCCUGCUAGCCCUGAUCUGCCACAGUGUAGAAUCGAUCAUUCGGGAUUCGCGUUUCAAGCGACGGGCUUGGAUUUUGCUGGACCGUUGUUUGUGAAAGAUGGUUCAGAAACGGUCAAGACGUACAUUCUACUGCUAACGUGUGCCACAAGCAGAGCGAUCCACCUCGAACUGGUCUACUCGAUGUCAAGUGACGGAUUUUUGCGAGGAUUUCGGAGAUUUGUAGCUCGUAGGGGUGUGCCGGAUGUCAUUAUCAACGACAACUUUAAGACUUUCAAGUCAGCUGAGGUCAAACGAUUCAUGUCAUAUCAAGGUAUUCGGCAACAGUUUAUUCUACCAGCGUCCCCAUGGUGGGGUGGCUUUUACGAGCGACUCGUCCGGACAGUUAAGGGUUGUUUAAAGAAGACUCUCGGGAGAGCAUAUACGACAUUCGAAGAGCUGCAGACAAUCUUGUGCGAAGUAGAAGUGGCAAUCAACAAUCGGCCACUUACGUAUGUCAGCGAGGAUGAUUUGGACGAACCUUUGACGCCAUUCCACCUGAUGUACGGUCGAGGCUACUGCAAUCGGAUGAAAAACACGGAUACCAUACUUACGGCGAGCCUUGGACAGUACAAACAGCGGUUGAAACACUUACGGAAAAUAUUGAGAGAUUGUUGGACGCGGUUUCGAAGGGAAUAUUUGAACGAGCUGAGACAAAUGAACCUCUACCGGAAAAGGAAAACCAAUACGCGAGGUCUGACCGUUGGUGAUGUUGUUUUGAUUAAAGAGGAUGAACCAGCACCUCGGCCACAGUGGAGGAUUGGAAGAGUCUUGCAGCUGGUGAAAGGACGUGAUGGACUGGUCAGGGGAGCUAAAUUGAAGGUUCUAUCAAAGGGUGGAGCUCAGUCGUCGGUUCACAGACCGUUACAAAAGCUAAUACCUUUCGAGAUCGUCCAGGAUGACGUCGACAAGCAUGAAGGGGAUGACAACGAUAGGAACGCAGAACAGCAUAACACGACUGAGACCGAGUCAAGAGCGGAUGAGCGAAAAGGAAGUAGAAGACCAACGAGGAAGGCAGCGAUCGAUGGAGAAAACUUGCGGAGAAUUCGCGAACAGUAUACAUAG